AUGGAAAGUAUUCACGAUAGCAACCGGUCAUCUCGACCUCCAGAAUUUCCAGCUAGCGAAGAGGGCCACCUAAAUUGGAAGGUUGGACGGGAAGAAAUAUCCAUUCUAGCUUGCUUGGCUAUUAUUUCCUUAAUGGUAGCACUUGAUGCGACUAUUAUCUCUCCUGUUUUACCUGUUCUCUCCACCGAUCUCAAUGCUGAUACAAACCAAUCAUUUUGGGCGGGCACAUCCUACUUAUUAUCCUGCGCUGUUCUUCAGCCUCUCAUCGUGGCGUUAUCCGAUGUCUUCGGGCGACGAGGUCUGCUGUUCAUAUCUUUGGUGUUUUUCACAGUCGGGACUGUAGUAUGUUGUAUUUCCAAUAAUAUGACUCAACUUCUGGCAGGUCGGACCAUCCAAGGGGUUGGAGGGGGAGGCAUUAUAUGUCUGAAUGGGAUAAUAACAGCUGAUAUCCUUCCACUUCGUCAACGGCCUGCGUAUACGACAAUUCUUCAGCUUGCGUUUGCAAUUGGGACCAUCACAGGUCCUGUGAUUGGCGGGCUACUCGUCCAGCAUGGAACCUGGCGCUGGGUAUUCUAUAUCAAUUUUCCCUUUGCAGGGGCUGGUCUCAUAAUCGCGCCAUUUGUGGUAAAAUUGGACGCGCCAUACAGAGGAUUAAAGCAACGAAUGAAGAGAAUCGACUGGGUGGGUGGAUUUUUGUUUAUUGGUAGUAUGUCGAGUUUUUCGAUUGGAAUCACAUGGGGUGGCAUCGAAUUCCCGUGGUCAGGUUGGCAGACUUUACUACCUAUUUGCCUAGGCAUUGUCGGCAUUAUUGGCACCGUAAAGUGGCUGAAGCACGCCAAACACCCAUUCCUUCACUUGGUCCUAUUCCGCGAUGUUUCUUCCGUUGGUGGCUAUAUUUGUGCUUUUUUGCAGGGGCUUAUGAUGUCCUGUGAACUAUAUUCAAUUCCUCUAUAUCUAGAAGGCCCUAAGAGGCUGUCAUUAACUAUCACUGGCGUGGGACUUAUGCCGAUAACUGUCUCUCUCGUGCCUGUUAGUAUAGCAGCGAGUCUUGUGAUGACCAGGUCCGGUCAUAUCCGAUGGGCAAUCUGGAGUGGGUGGGUUGUGACAGCAAUUUCCAGCGGACUUUUGAUAUUGCUUGAUAUAAACACAAGAACGUACGCAUGGGUCUUAAUAUUUCUUGUGCUAGGAAUAGGCCAAGGUUUAAUAUUAGUGUCAUGCAGCUUUUAUGUCCAAGCACUGGCUGACGCCGAAGAAUCGUCAUUUGCUGCGUCAAUGUACGCUUUCUUUCGCUCAGUUGGAAUGUGUAUGGGAGUUGCAAUAUGCGGUACUGUGCUGCAGAAUCAACUAAGACACCAGCUGGAGAUUCGCCAACUACCCCUGGACAUCGCCAACGAUGCUCAGGCUUUCAUCUUUUCCAGUAAUACGUCAUCUCUUUCUGCCAGCUACCUCCGAGAUAUUUACGAGGCGUACAUAGAAAGUUUGAAGACGGUCUUCGAGACGUUACUUGGCGUUGCAGGCUUCGGCAUCAUAAUUUCUUUGUUCAUGAAGCCUGUUGAUAUGAACAAACAAUUGGCGACUGCUCAUGUUCUCCGAAAGAAGACUUCGAGUAAAAGCAAUGAUAACAGCAAUAACAGCGGCACCAUUAAUGAGCAAGGGAGCACGGUUUAAUUAGAGGAAUUCAUCCAGUAUUCUUCAAACGUUUUUUUUUAUAUCUCUUUUUUUCAAAGUACAUACCCCCAAACCACCUGGCAUUUACGCCGUACCGGGG